ACUUAAAUCUCCACACUGUGGUGACGAGGCAACCGGUGUACUGUUCAGCUUGUGUUUGUACCGUUAACAGUUCUCUGUCUUCCCCAGCGCUGUCAACACCUACAGCGACCACACUGCCCAAGAGUCUCAAGGACAACGUAUCCGUAAAGACUUCGAAGAACACUAUAAGUGUGAUGAGGCCACACGUGAUAUUGAUGACAGCCUUAGCUUGUCUCCUGUACAUGACGGAGGCGGUGCAAGAAGAAAAUGGCUUCUCCUUUAACACCAAUACUGGUAUGAGCUGGUUGAAGGAACUUACUUCAGAUGGCAGUCACGCUCACUCACGCAAGAAGCGCGCCAUCGGUCUUCCCCCAGGAUCCAACGUUGAGGUAAAAUGGUCGAUUAGCUUCCCCUUCGACACAUUUACCUUCUAUAAAGCCAAGCUCCAAUUCGCCUUACCUAUCAAGAUCCCCUUCCCAGCUGCUCUCAUUGUAGGGGGCAAAGAAGGCAGGCGUUCCGACACUCUCGACUAUAACAACAUUGAGUUUGUGGAGGAGCAACAGGGGGCGCCUCAGUGGUACCAACCCGAGGAGGUAAGCCAACAAGAAUGGCACUCCCGAACCAAACGUGCGGCCCGUCAGGAGAGAGCAUCUGUUUAUACCUAUUUGGAGGCUCUGUUCGACAAGGCUGGUGAGGAUGGUCGGAGCUGUCUGUUGAGAACCAUCUGUGACGUGGCCGAGGCUCCCUUCGACCAGGGACUACUAGGGGAGAUGCUCAACACCCUUCUCACAGCGUCGCUGGCAGGUCGCCCAGUCAGCGGAGAGGAAAAAGAAUACGACAGCUUCGUUGAGGCUGAACUCCACGGCAAACUGAACGGGAAGUGUCAAGAGCGGUACAACAAGUGCAAGACCUCGCCCUUCGACCUCCUCCCGUACGCUGUCCACACCGUCCUCUAGAUCCUUGUUAACGUAUGAGGCAGCGGCGUCUGUUAGCGUUGUUGGCUGGCAGCGUUGUUGUCUGGUGGCGUUGUUGGCUGGCGGCAUUAUUCGCUGAGAACGUUGUUGUCUGGCAAUGUUGCCAGUAAUGCUAUCUGGCAGCGUUGUUGUGUGGCAGCAUCGUCGUCUGGCAGAGGUAUCCUCGUGUGCAGUGACUUACUUCAUUUACAUCAGCUAAACAUUUGCUCAUCCACACAUCCCUGCUCGCCCUCACGCCCCCAACAUUCAUCCCGUGAUCUCCACAAAUAUUUAUGAAUUGUUAUGUUUGACUGUUAAUUUUAUUAUUUAUUUAUGUUAGAUAGUAAACAUCGUGGUAGUGGAAAGGAUGUGUUGUAAUUUUCUAAUCGUAAGUUAUUUAAUUA